ACAGCUCGGAGCAUUCUGGGCAUUCUCGCAUAAACGCCCGGACAGACAAGGAGUGACUCCUUCUCCACUCUGCUCUUCACAGUUCUACGCCAAAAUUCCAGGAUCACCAUGGCCCGUGAAAUAGUCUUUGACUACGACUAUCUGGUUCGUCUGGAAGAGUCUUCCAGGAAGCUGGAGUCCGACUCAAAACAGCGACUGGAGCUGCUACUGAAGGCCCAGAGGGAGGUGGACACCUACCUGGAACAGCUGAAUAUGGACCAUCCCACUGGAUGGGCGAUACCACCUCAGGAGGAGCAGGUAUCGGUGCAGGCGGGUCCGGACCAGAUACAGGCGGGUCCGGACCAGGCACAGUCGGGUCUGAACAAGGGACAGGGGCCGCUUCCCAUACAGGAGAAUGCCGUCAGCAUAGACGUAGCUUUGCGUGACUUCAGCCGUAUCGGUGAGGAGAUGGAGCGGGAAGGUCACCCCGGUCACAUGGCGAUGGUUCCCGGUAACUCCACCGCCCCGGCCGCCGUCGGAGACUUCUUAGCGGCCUCCUUCAACCCGUACCCACACCACGUCGCCUCCUGCUGGAGGGCGGUGAAAAUGCAGCAGCAGAUCGUGCAGUGGGCGGGCCAGCUGUUCGGCUACCCGCGCACGUGCGCCGGGAAUCUGACGUCAGGCGGGACCGUGGCGACCAUGGUUGCCAUGGCAACGGCUAGAGACACCAAAGUGCCCCAAAGUAAAGACUAUAGCAGGAGUGUGUUGUAUAUCAGUGAGUUGACACACGACGGUGUGGCCAAAUGUCUGAACACCCUUGGGAUGCGGGAGGCCGUGGUCAGGAAGGUGCCUGUGGAUGACCAGUACGGCAUGGACGUAAACAUUCUGCGCAAAUUCAUCCAAGAUGACUUGAAGGACGACCUCCUCCCGUUCCUUGUGGUGGCGACUGUAGGGACUACAGACGCGGGCUCCGCGGAUCCCGUCCCUGCGGUUCGAGCCGUGGCUACUCAGUACAACAUGUGGCUGCAUGUGGACGCCUGCUAUGGAGGCUUCUUCGCCCUCUGUAACUCCGCCAGACACCUGUUUGAAGGGGUGGAGACAGCUGAUUCCAUCUCUGUGGACCCUCACAAGGGUUUGUACGCGCCAUUUGGAACUGGCCUGGUCCUGGUGCGAGACGGUAUCUUACUGCGGAAGUCAAACACCCGCAAACACGGGAACUACAUGCAGCACCAGAACAACAACCCAGAGGACUGGAACCCAGAGGAUCUCACCUUUGAGCAGAGCUCACACUUCAGAGCCCCGAGGAUCUGGCUGCCUCUUCAGGUGUUCGGAGUCUCGACUUUCCGAGAUGCGCUCCAGGAGAAACUUGAACUGGCCAAGUACCUGUACCUCCGACUCAAAUGUCAGCCGCGUCUCUACGUGGUGAAGCCGGUGCUGUCCAUUGUGCUGUUCCGUCUCGCUGCCAUGACGGACAGCGCAAACCACGCUCUCCUGAAGAAGAUCACGGCCGACGGACGCUUCUUCAUCACCAUAACCACGGUGAAGGGUGUCCAGUACCUGCGCGCCUGUAUCUUCUGCUUCAGGACCCACCGUCAGGACAUGGAUGUCUUCAUCAACAAAGUGAUGAAUGCCGUGGCUGAGAUGGGCCUACCUGAGGACGAGUUUUGCCAUGCAGGGUGAAGCCUGGCGUGGAUUCGCGUGCCCCUGUUUUAAUAUUAUAAGGCCACACCAAUUUAAUUUCUUGGUUAACGGAUUUUUCUAGAAAAAUAAUGGAGCGGGCGGGCGAAAAAAAAAAAAAUAA